AUGUCUUCUACACCGUCUUCUCGCCGAAGAGGGCACUCUUCCAGGAAUUCGCAGUCCUCAACUCCUGCACGACAACCGCAGUCAACCCCGAGAAGCACACGUCAAGCGCCCAAUGGUAACGCAGUGCCAUCUUCUUCGCCUUUAUUCUUUCAGUCGUCACCUCGUCGGCAAACGCCAGGUCCUGCCUCGCAACUAGCAAGCGAUGGCAUGAUAAUUAGUUCUCCGCCCAGAAACUCAUCGGAUGCUGGUGACCGCGAAUUGACACCUCGACCAACUACACGGCCCAUUGAUGAAUCAUCUCCAGUUCGAUAUGACCCCAGCUCCAGUCCAGCUCCGAAUGGCAAUCGUAUUGAUUCAGACAUUCCCAGCAGCAGCAGUGGUCUUUUCGUCCGCCAGGAUCGACCACUACGCACAGAUGCAAGAAGGGGUGACAUCCAUUCGGACACCUUCGAUGGUCCCUCUGCGCGCCGCCGACGAAUCUUGGUGGGAGAGGAUGGCAUGCCAGUACGAGAUAACGAGGAUCCUGCCUCCGAAGCCACUUUUACCAACAUAAAUCCCGACACCUCAGAAGCCGACGCGCUUGGUGGGAAUUCAUCAAGAGUGAUCUGGGGAUCCAAUAUCUCCAUCAUCGAUUCAUCAGCCGCAUUUAAGAGUUUCCUCCAUGGCUAUACCAAGAAAUAUCGCAUGUGGGCCGAAGGAUACACAGAGGCAGAGACUGCGAAUCUUGAGGUCGCUCAGGAGCGCGAGUAUGUCGACAUGAUGCAGAAUAUGCUGAACACCGGACUUGAACAAUUGAAUCUUGAUGCACGAAAUCUCAAGGCAUAUCCCGCUACCAACAAACUCUGGCAUCAAAUGCAGUCUUACCCUCAGGAGAUCAUUCCAUUAAUGGAUCAGACACUCCGCCAGGUAAUGAUCGAAAUCGCCCAAAAUCAGAUGCGUGAUAUGCAGCGAACAAAUGCAGCUACACGCGCCAGGGACACAAGUUCUAUGCCAGCUUUGCCACAAUCUGACCUAGAUAGUGCUCUAACCCCAGGAGCCACUCCAGGGCAUGCUACAGACAAUAUGGACAACCUCAUGACGCAAGCUCAAGAAAACCGGUGGAAAGUUUCGAUCUUUGGCCUGGAUAAAUCCAUCAACAUGCGAGAUCUCGACCCAGCCGACCUCGACAGGCUCAUUUCAGUCAAAGGCUUGGUCAUCCGAACCACUCCAGUCAUUCCAGACAUGAAAGAAGCCUUCUUUAAGUGUACGGUUUGUAACCAAACUGUUCUGGUUGCGAUUGAUCGAGGUAAAAUUGCAGAGCCAACUGAAUGUCCUCGACAGGCUUGCAAGUCCAAAGAUAGCAUGGAGAUUGUUCACAAUCGUUGUGUCUUUGCCGACAAACAAGUCAUAAAACUCCAAGAAACACCAGACUCAGUACCAGACGGACAAACACCGCAUAGUGUGUCGUUGUGUUGUUACGACGAGAUUGUGGACGCGUGUAAAGCCGGUGACAGGAUUGAGGUUACUGGCAUCUUCAGAAGCAAUGCUGUUCGAGUGAACCCACGGCAGCGUGUUAUCAAAGCACUUUUCAAGACAUACGUCGACGUUCUGCAUAUCCAGAAAGUGGAUAAGCGAAAAGUUGGCAUCGAUGCCUCAACUGUGGAGCAAGAAUUGGCCGAGCAGGUUGCAGGUGCCCCAGAACAGGUCAGAAAAUUCUCGGCCAAGGAGGAGGCAAAGAUCAAGAGCACAGCCGAACGCGAGGACAUCUACGAUCUCCUUUCGAGAAGUUUGGCUCCUAGUAUCUACGAGCUUGAUGAUGUCAAGAAGGGUAUACUGCUUCAACUCUUCGGAGGCACAAACAAAUCCUUUGAGAAAGGUGGCAGUCCUAAAUACAGAGGUGAUGUCAACAUCCUGCUCUGCGGUGAUCCUUCAACUGCAAAAUCGCAACUCUUACAGUAUGUGCACAAGAUCGCACCAAGAGGUGUUUACACUUCAGGGAAAGGGUCUUCCGCUGUUGGUCUUACUGCAUAUGUGACCAGAGAUCCGGAGUCGAAACAGCUCGUCCUCGAGUCUGGAGCACUCGUCCUUUCAGACGGAGGCGUAUGCUGUAUCGACGAGUUCGACAAGAUGAACGAGGCAACUCGAUCAGUCCUGCACGAAGUCAUGGAACAGCAGACCGUUUCAAUUGCGAAAGCUGGCAUCAUCACCACUCUGAACGCCAGAACCAGCCUCCUCGCUUCUGCCAAUCCCAUCGGCAGCAAGUACAACCCAAACCUACCAGUUCCCCAGAAUAUCGAUCUGCCACCAACUCUACUCUCGCGAUUCGACCUCGUCUACCUUGUGCUGGACCGCAUUGACGAAGUCAACGACCGAAGACUUGCAAAGCAUGUUGUCGGCAUGUAUCUUGAAGACACACCGGAGAACGCAACCAAGGAAGAAGUCCUUCCCAUCGAAUUCUUGACAUCCUACAUCUCCUACGCCCGCACCAACAUCCACCCGACCAUAACACCCCCAGCUGCCCAUGCCCUCACCACGGCGUAUGUCCAAAUGCGAUCACUAGGCAACUCCAUUCAAGCAACCGACCGACGCAUCACCGCGACAACACGACAACUUGAAUCGAUGAUCCGACUCAGCGAAGCGCACGCGAAGAUGCGCCUCUCUCCUAUCGUCACCGAAGCCGACGUGGACGAAGCAGUGCGCCUGAUCAAAUCCGCCAUCAAAGCGUCCGCGACCGACGCCCGCACCGGCUUGAUCGACAUGGGUCUGCUGUCCGAAGGCGGCAGCGCCUCCGACCGCCGCCGCAAAGAAGACCUCAAGCGUGCCGUCCUCGCCGCCAUCGAUGAGAAUCCCGUCGUCAGGGCUGGCAACCCCAUCCGCUAUAGCGAACUAUAUCGCGCCGUGGGCGACGGGAGUUCGGCGGAGGUUGAGGGCGCCGAGUUCCAGGAUGCACUGCGUGCGUUGGAGCUCGAGGGCAAGGUCCAGGUCCUGGGUGAUGGGGCAAGGAGGACUGUCAGGCGCGUUACAGGUGUUUAG